CGGAGACUGAGAAAAGAAGGGAUAGAGGGCUGGAGUAAGUGCUGCCCUUGGCCGCAUGAGUUCCAGAAGGAAUAUUUCCUUCCCGCCAGGCCAGUGCCCGUAGGAACCGCCCCGCCCACUUCCCGGCCUGCGUUCUCUUUCCCCUUCUCAGGUGGGGACCCCCUUGGUUCUUCUUGUUCUGUCACUGAGCUCCUGCCAAGGCCAUGAAGCUCGUGAGGAAGGACAUUGAGAAGGACAAUGCGGGCCAGGUGACCCUGGUCCCGGAGGAGCCGGAGGACAUGUGGCACACUUACAAUCUAGUACAGGUGGGCGACAGCUUGCGCGCCUCCACCAUCCGCAAGGUACAGACCGAGUCCUCCACCGGCAGCGUGGGAAGCAACCGGGUCCGCACUACCCUCACCCUCUGCGUGGAAACCAUCGACUUCGACUCUCAAGCUUGCCAGCUGCGGGUCAAGGGGACCAACAUCCAGGAGAACGAGUAUGUCAAGAUGGGGGCUUACCACACCAUUGAGCUGGAGCCCAACCGCCAGUUCACCCUGGCCAAGAAACAGUGGGACAGUGUGGUCCUGGAGCGCAUCGAGCAGGCCUGUGACCCAGCCUGGAGCGCUGAUGUGGCGGCUGUGGUCAUGCAGGAAGGCCUCGCCCACAUCUGCUUAGUCACUCCUAGCAUGACCCUCACUCGUGCCAAGGUGGAGGUGAACAUCCCUAGGAAACGGAAAGGCAACUGCUCCCAGCAUGACCGGGCCUUGGAGCGGUUCUAUGAACAGGUGGUCCAGGGUAUCCAGCGCCACAUAAACUUUGAUAUUGUAAAGUGCAUCCUGGUAGCCAGCCCAGGAUUUGUGAGGGAACAGUUCUGCGACUACAUGUUUCAACAAGCAGUGAAGACUGACAACAAAGUGCUCCUGGAAAACCGGUCCAAAUUUCUUCAGGUACAUGCCUCCUCUGGACACAAGUACUCCCUGAAAGAGGCUCUUUGUGACCCUACUGUAGCUAGCCGCCUUUCAGACACUAAAGCUGCUGGAGAAGUAAAAGCCUUGGAUGACUUCUAUAAAAUGUUACAACAUGAACCUGACCGGGCUUUCUAUGGACUCAAGCAGGUAGAGAAGGCCAAUGAAGCCAUGGCAAUUGACACAUUGCUCAUCAGUGAUGAGCUCUUCAGGCACCAGGAUGUAGCCACAAGGAGCCGGUAUGUGAGGCUGGUGGACAGUGUGAAAGAGAAUGCUGGCACAGUUAGGAUGUUCUCCAGUCUUCAUGUAUCUGGGGAACAGCUUGGCCAGCUGACUGGGGUAGCUGCCAUUCUCCGAUUCCCUGUCCCUGAACUCUCUGACCAAGAGGAUGAUUCCAGUUCUGAAGAAGAUUAAUGACUGAAACUUAAAACUCAGACAAGACAACCUUGUGUCUCACUCCCUCAGGCUGCUAGCAUGGCACUUUUUGAUUCAUACAGGGAUUUCUUAUGUAUUUGGUCAAACCAGGUAUUUUGUUAUUGGCAGGACAUGUAUUCAGACGAAAAAUAAAUUAAAAGGAAGUAAUCUCCAAGUACUACCA